GGUAAAAUUCAUUCGAGAUGAUUCUGUAUAUGGAGAUAAAUCUCAAACAAAAAUUGCUUUUAAAAUUAUUGAUAAAUAUGAGCCUAUUCGUGAAUCAAAAAAGGCAGGAAUAGAUAAAAAAUUUUUGGUUAGAGAAGUUAGUGAGCAAUCUGAGGUAGGGAAGCUUGACACUCAACGAGUAAUAGAGCAUUUUGAUAAUACUAAGCGAGGAUAUGGACUCACAGAAAUUCGUCGGCAAAAAAUAAAUGAUUGGGAGAAAAAAAUGCGCAUUCCAGGUGCUCCAGUACAAGAUGUAGCAGAUGGAAAGUAUCGAUCAGGUAAGUAUAAAGAAAUCGGAAUAGUAGUUCAUAAUGGCCAUGCAUUUCCAAGAAACCAGCACUUCCCAAGAGAUCGAAUGGUCGAAUAUUAUAAGGGUGAUACAUGGGAAGCUAUCAGUAAUACCCUCAGGGGACCUCAAGCAAUCUGGCUUAUAGAAGUAGGGGAUACGAGUCAAACAAUAUCCCAGUUUGUUCUAGAAGAUGGUCGCAUAUUUAGAACAUGGAAAAAGCAUACAGAAAUUAUAGAAGCAUGCAAACAACUGGUCAAUGAUAUAAUAGAUUGGCAAUAUCAGAAAGGAAUAAUUAAUAAGGAAAAGAAAUCGAUUCUUUCAGAGUCUCUAAAAGUUGUUGAUUUAGCAGAGCAAGUAUUUGGUGCAAACCAUGCUGGAAGCCAACUCGCUAAUGAAAUCAAUGAAUGGUAUCCAAUAUUUGGAAAAAAUGCACCCGAUUAUCACGUCAAUGAUAUCGUAUGUAUCGAUACGAAAGAAUAUUAUCCAGCAAGCAUGCGAGGUCAAGGAGAAUGUACACCAUGGUUCAAUAGGUUCGGACAUCCAACACACUACCUUGUUCGAGUUGCGGUAAAUGGAGAAUUGCCAGAGGAUGAUAUCACUGGAUUUGCGCAGAUAAGAUCUUUUAAAUUUGCAUCAAAUAUACAUUCAGUGAUUCCUGUCUG